GUAUAGGUGCAAUGCAAAGUUUCCUUCCGUUAUUCAUUCUGACCCAAACUAACUUAGUUCCCGAACUUGCGGCAUAUACGACUGAACAACACGCCACAUAUUAAACAAACCGUUGAACAAAACUCGCUCUUCUCUUCUUUCUCUCUCUCUCUCUGCAUUGCUGCAACUGAACCCCUAUUCUCUUUCUCUCACUCAUUCAUUUCCAUUUUCAUCCAUCCAUGGCUGCAGUGGAUACUGAAUCGUUCGACGAUAAGAUUGAAGACAAGUUUCAUGGCUCCGAUUCCGAUUCUUUUUCUGAUUCCGAAGACGAUCAUAACAUCAACAACAGGCCACCGAUUCCACUCGCUAAAUCCAACACUGUUUACCGCCUUUUCGGCCGUGAUCGCCCUGUCCACAAGGUCUUAGGUGGUGGAAAACCUGCGGAUAUUUUACUAUGGAGGAACAAGAAAUGCACAGCAAUUGCACUUGGUGCUGGCACUGCCUUGUGGGUUUUCUUUGAGUUGAUGCAAUACAACCUCAUAACUCUUGUUUGCCAUUUAAUGAUUUUGGCUCUUGCUGCUCUUUUCUUGUGGUCUAAUGCAUCUGUCUUUAUCCACAAGUCUCCACUGCAAAUUCCACAUGUCGUGAUUCCUCAGGAAUGCGUUUUUGAGGCUGCUUCUGUUUUGAGAAUUGAAAUUAACCAAGUUUUCGCUAUUUUGAGGGAAAUUGGAACUGGGAGAGAUAUCAAGAAGUUUCUUACCGUUAUUGCUGGAUUGUGGUUUAUUUCAGUUAUUGGGAGCUGCUUCAAUUUCUUGACAUUGUUUUAUAUAUUCUAUGUUUCAUUGUUUACACUGCCACUGGUGUAUGAGAAAAAUGAAGACCAGGUUGAUGCACUGGCUGAGAAGGCAAUGAUCGAGAUCAAGAAACAGUAUGCAGUGCUUGAUGCUAAGGUUUUGAGCCAGAUACCGAUCGCAGGGUUUAAAAAGGAUUAGAAUAAAUUAUCUGCAGGAUUAGCUGUUUUGUUCAGAUGUCAAAUUUACAAGUCUUACUGCAUCUCCUCUUUCUAUUUUGAUUAAUUGAGUGAAAUAUAGUUUGAGGAAUAAAAGUCUAUCUAGUCCCAGAUUUGUUUUUAGGUUUAUCUUGAAUUGUUUAUCAGUAGCCUUUAAUUAAAUGUCAAGGCAUCAACAUUUUGUUGUAUACAUUGACUUGAUGAACGUGUAUUCCAUUUCAUCUAAUGAAGUGCUUGCCAAGUUCAAUUUUCUUUUUUCAAUUUGUUUAA